AUGAAGAUAAAGGAUUAUGUGUUAAAACCUGUAGCGGGUGAUACUUUUGAAGUGUGCAUUAGAGAUGACAGAUUUGUAGUUGAUUUGGUGGCCAAAACAUGUAGUUGCAAGAUAUGGGACUUAACAAGUAUUCCUUACCAUCAUGCUUGUGCAUGUAUUAACUACAUAAGGCAGGAUAAUGUGAACUUUGUAGGUGCAUUUUAUUCAAAGGACAACUAUAUUGUCACAUACAAAAAAGCAUUGAGAACUUUGAAUGGUCAUAAAAUAUGGCCAAAAGUUGAGGGAUGGGCAAUACUUACUCCACCUUUCAAGAAAAUGCCUAGGAGGCCAAAGAAAUCAAGGAGGAAGUAUAUGACAGAAGUAAAAGAUAAGAAAAAUGGGAACAAAUCUUGA